AUGGAAAAAUUGCUCAAAUCAAUAUGGGCCGCCGAAUUGGCAAUUGAUGAGGAGUAUAUCGACGAUGAUGACAAUUUCUUCGAAGUCGGAGGUAACUCAAUCAUUGCUGUGCGCCUCGCAGCCGCAGCCCAAAAGGCCGGAUUGUCUAUGCCUGUCACGGAAAUUUUCCGCUAUCCCGAGUUCUCUGAGAUGGCAAGUGUGGUAAAGAUGUCCGAGUCAGAUCAAGAGAGCGAGGAUAUAGCUCCUUUCCAGCUCAUGGAAACCACAGGGAUAGAUAUUGGAGACAUCUUGGUCCAGAUCAGCGAUGCCCAUCUCCGAAUUGAUCAGUCAUUGAUUGAGGAUGUAUACCCCUGUACUGCACUGCAGGCGGGAUUGAUGUCUAUCUCCAACAAGCAACCAGGAAGCUACCUCGCUCAGUUUGUCUUCCAGAUUCCUACCGGCACCGACGUCCAGUCUUUCCAGAAGGCUUGGAAUCAAGUGGUUGAGACGGUUGAUAUUCUCCGGACCCGUAUGGUCAGCCUGAACGAUCCUGCUGGUUGCUUCCAAAUCAUUGUCAAAAAUGGUAUUCGCUGGGAAAAAUCAGUUGGUCUGCAAGAUUAUUUACGGAAAGACAAAGCAACGGCCAUGGGAUUUGGUGAUCCUCUUGUGCGAUUUGCGAUUGUCUCCGACUCUGAAAACAACAGUCUCAACUUUGUGUGGACCAUUCACCAUUGCAUCUAUGACCGAUGGUCGCUUGCACUGAUUUGGCAAAAGGUGGCUGCCGUAUACCGUGGAACCGACAAGGAAGAAAUCAGACCUCCGAAGUACAGCCGCUUUAUUGAACAUGUCAUCAACACAGACACUCUCGAGCAUGAGAAAUUCUGGAAGUCUCGACUAUCCAACACCAGUACCAAGUUAUUUCCCGCAUUACCUUCAAAGACAUACCAGCCUGAGACCAGUGCAUCUUUGUUGUAUUCAACUCAAAUCGCUCGCCGGGAUAACUCAGAGAUCACUAUAUCCUCUAUUAUACAGGCAGCAUGGGCUUUGACGGUUGGAAAACAUUCGGACUCCGAGGAUGUUGUAUUCGGGACCAUUCUCAUCGGGCGAGACACACCCGUCAGAGGAGUGACAGAAAUGCUGGGGCCGACAAUUGCCACAGUUCCCACGCGAGCCGUUUUGGAUUAUGGACGCAAUGUGGACGAGUACUUGAAGGAAGUCCAGGCGCAAGCAACUGAUAUGAUUUCGUUCGAGCACAUGGGACUUCCUAGGAUUCGGAAGCUGAACGCGGAUACGGAGAUUGCUUGUCAAUUUCAAAACCUCUUGGUAAUCCAGCCCCACAACGCUGAGGCUCAUCCGCUCAACUGGAGCCAAUUGGACACACAUGACGUCGAAGCUCACCCAUACGGGUUGGUCGUUGAAUGCACUCUGGGGCCGAAUCAAGAUACGCUCGACAUCAAAACUCACUUUGACCCCCGGGUACUCUCAAAGAUGGACGUGGAUAGUGUGGCCCACCACUUCCAGCAGGCCAUCACCAAGUUGAAUGGUGAAUCAUCUCAACAACUUCUCGGUGAUAUCGAUAUCUUUUGCUCGCAUGAUGAAUCGAGCAUCGCAGCCUGGAACGCAAAGCCGAGCUCCGAUUAUGUGGACGCCUGUGUCCAUGAAGUGUUCCAGCAAACCGCCCAGCAGCAACCAGAAGCUCAAGCAAUUUGUUCAUGGGAUGGAGAGAUUUCUUAUAGAAAAUUAGAUGAGCUAUCCACAAAGUUAGCACAAGUUUUGACAAGCUGCUACGGAGUCGGACCCGAGACAUGUGUGCCAUUAUGCUUUGAGAAGUCUUAUUGGUCAGUCGUUGCUACUAUAGCAGUGUUGAAAGCCGGGGGUGCCUUUGUCCCACUGGACGCAUCUCAUCCUCAAGCUCGUCUGUGUCAAUUAGUCAAGGAUGUCGAGGGCCGGAUUGUGCUAUCGUCGCCGCAGUUCGCGAAUCUUUUCACACACAGUGUGGCCGAAACCGUGCUCGAAUUAGAUGAGAAGCAGUUCGAUCUGCUACAAGUCCCCCAAAAUUAUCAUCCUACCAGUCAGGUCACUGCAAAUAACAUUGCAUACAUCAUCUAUACCUCGGGAAGCACGGGGAAGCCAAAAGGAACGGUGAUCGAGCAUGGUGCUUUUAUUUCAAGCUGGGCUGGAUUCUCAAAAGCAACUUCCCUCAGCAAAUUUUCACGAGUCCUUCAAUUUACCUCGAAUAGCUUUGACGCAAGCUUGCUUGAGACGUUGAGCACUAUCCUUUGCGGAGGAUGUAUUUGUAUUCCUAGCGAUGAUGAAAAAUUCAAUUCCUUACCGGAAGCCAUGACCCGCAUGAUGGUGAACUGGGCUUUCCUGGUUCCGUCCUACGCCCGAAUAUUGGACCCAACCACCUUGCCUUGCCUAAAAACGAUUGUUUUGGGAGGUGAGGCUCUUUCUAAGAGCGAUUUCACGCGCUGGAUGAAACAAGGUGUCAAUGCUCUCAAUGCAUACGGACCAACUGAAUGUUCCGUGAUCUCAACUACAAAUACCAAGGUGGACCCCAAGUCCGACCCUGCCAACAUUGGAAGGGCAACCUGUGGAGCUUGCUGGGUUGUUGAUAAAAAUAACCAUAAUCACCUCGCCCCUCGUGGCUGUCCCGGUGAAUUACUUGUGGAGGGCCCUCACCUUGCUCGUGGUUAUAUCCACAAUGAACCAGCCACAUCUGCUGCAUUUAUUGAAAGCCCUACAUGGGGUAAAGACCGACGAUUCUACAAAACCGGUGAUAUUGUCCGCCAAAAGCCAGAUGGGAGUUUCACAUUCCUUGGACGAAAAGACAUGCAAGUCAAACUUCGCGGUCAGCGUCUUGAGCUGCCAGAAAUCGAGCACCAAGUCAGGCUGUAUCUUGGCAGCGAGAUGCAUGUAGCUGUUGAGAUUGCAAUCGUCAGCUCCCCUGUGGACAACGAAGCACAAAGUCAACACCUUGUUGCAUUUGUCUGCCCCAGCCAAGGCUUGGUAACCAAUGCCGAUACCAGCGUUCCUUUUGUAGUCUGGGAAGGACUCCAAAGUCAGCUGGUCGGGUUAAGGCACCAUCUUUGCCAGGCAUUGCCGUCCUACAUGGUUCCAGCUGUGUAUAUACCACUCAAACACGCGCCUGCAAUGGUCUCCGGGAAACUUGACCGAGGGUUCUUCCGCAAAGUCCUCCAGACACUCUCAAAUUCGCAGCUGCAGAGCUAUACGAUCAGUGAUUCUCAAACGGAAACCCAAUCGUUGCCGCAGCUGGAGAUGGAUUCUACCAUAAGCUUGCAGCAACAAGCUUCGCCUAUCACAGAGAACUCGUCGGCUAUGGAGCAGAAAAUCCAGCAGCUAUGGGCACAAGCAUUGAACAUCCCGUCUUCUUCCAUUAGCAAAAAUAGCAGUUUCUUCAAACUCGGCGGAGAUUCUAUUGUGGCGAUGCGUGUUGUUGGUCUUGCUAGGGCUCAAGGCUUAGGCAUGUCCGUGUCGGAUAUCUUUGCUCACAGACAGCUCAACCUUCUAGCUGAAGCCCUGGUUGACAAGCAAGGUGACAGUGAAGCCUUUGAUUCUGAGCCCUUCUCUCUCCUGAAUGCUCAGCAGAGAUCUCUUUUUUCCUCCGAGGCUCUUGGCUUUUCUGCUGGCAAUAACAAAGCAAUCGACGUUCUUCCAGCCACAGAAUCUCAGUCCUUCUUAGUCAAGUUCUUGCCUCUGGCUUGCUUCUAUUUAUCCAUAAAAGGAAAGAUCAACUCCGAUCGAAUGCGAUCGGCCUGUGAGUCCUUGGUACAAAGUCACUCCUCUUUGCGCACGGCUUUUGCACGACACCAGGGAAGAAUGCUUCAAGCCAUUUUUGAGAGCAUCGAUGUUUCAUUCGACCAUAUCAACACGACAAUCCCAUUAGAGUCGGCAUGCAACUCUCUCUGCGACUCCUACAUCCACGACGAUGCAGUUUCCGGAACCCCAGUCGUCAAAUUUACUCUGAUUUCCCAGUCUAAUGACAACCACAUGUUCAUCAUACGGCUCACACACGCCCAGUACGACGGUUUCGCAUACUCACUGAUCCUCAAUGAUCUCGCGACAGCCUAUAACGCAGCCGGAUGCUCACCACCGCCUCGCACACCAUUCUCCAAAUACGCAUACUACUGCGCCAGCCAUCGACCCUCCUCAGCGUUCGACUUCUGGAGAAACUAUCUCCUCGGAUCAACAAUGACAAUCCCCCCAAACUCAGAUACAAGUGCAGCCAUGUCCGCCAGCGAUAUCCACGAGUCGGCCAUCGGAGAACUACCCCGUACCCUGGACGACAUCACAACCCCUGUAUUAGUCAACGCAGCCUUCGCCCUGCUCCUCGCAGACCUCGUGCAAUCCGACGACAUAAUAUUCUCCAUGUUCAUGAGCACCCGCGACAUCGACCUGCCAGGGGCCCAGGAGAUCGUCGGUCCGUGUGUGAACAUCAAUCCACUGCGUGUGCGGCUUGAUCGCUCGCGCUCCGUCUACGAUUUGUGUCGGACGCUAAGGGAGGAGUAUACACAGGUCUCGCGAUACGGACAUCUCGAUCUGCCGGAGAUCGUUGCCAGGAGUACGGACUGGGCGCCAAGCAGUAAGGUGGGAUUCGUCAUCAACCACCUAGGUGCUGAUGAUGACGCCCCGCAAGUCCUCGAGGGUGGCGCUAUAAUAUCUAACGCGGGUGGAUUGUUCCAGAGAUAUUUCGGGAAUCAGGUUUUGGUUCGGUCUAUCGCUGCGAAUGGUGGAUUGCAAAUCCAUGUCAUGACUACGAGUAGAACUAUGAGCUCGACGCAGGCUGGCUUGUUGGCGAAGAGGAUUGUUGACACGGUGAAGAUCUUUGCCGAGUCUCCAGAUGCGACAAUAUCUUCUCUCCCACAAGUUGAGUGA